AUGCCGUUGGUUCUCGCACAAAUUCGAAUAGUGAUGUUCGUGAUACAGCGGCUUUGGAUGGUCAACAAUCAACAAAAUUUAUUGGAAGAGGCGGCUCACGUGGCCUUGGCCGAGGAAAUUCUGUUCCACAAACGAACACUUCUGACUUUGAUAAUUCUUCGACGACAAAUAAUCAACAAUUUCGAGGACGAGGUGGCUUUAACGGCGGACGUGGCAAUGGACGUGGAAAUUUUGCUUCUGGUAAGUUUUCGAAGUUUUAAAUCUCUGUUUUUUAUUACUCCUUUAACAAACUUUUUUAAAUAA